ACCCCGUUUCCAUCCUUGUUCGCUUGUCACUUAUUAGAUCAGGGGCGGGAAGAACAUGACAAAUCGGAAGGUUCACGCGUGACCGCGAGCGUGCCACGCAAGGGCGAGGGAGCCCGCGAGGCGGAAUGCGCCUCGAGAUCUCCUCUGCGCGGCUCGCGGGUCAGACCAUCAGAAGCAGAAAGUCGCAUUAGUAAAUUCAAUCAUCGUCCCCGCCUGCAAAAGAUCUGCCGUGGCCUCCUCGUUUACCUAUUGCUGGUUCUCAAAUCGCACGCCCUCACUGCUAGUGCUAGGCUCCCCUUCGCGCGCGCGCGCAGUUAUUACCCGUCCACGGCCGCGUGUUCGCAAGUAUCCAGAUCCGGCUCCCCACCUCCGGCGACCACCGCGCAGAGAACAAUUCCGUCCAACGGGAAACCCCGCGAUAAAUCGCCGCGCCCAUCGUUUGGCGUCCCCCACAGCACCGAAUUCACCAGGGCUGGAGGAAGUGUCUGAAAGGCUGCGCACGGAACUACUACUAUGCGAAGCGGCUGUCAUUGGUCCUGAUGGGAUGCCCUCACUGCUAACAAUUGACGUUUUCUUUUCUUCUGUCCAUGGCGGCGUUUAGUUCGUGCAAUGACUUCUUACGCUAGCAUAGGACGCGUGCUCCGGCGAGGUGACUAACUAAUUCCAUUAUUUUUCUUUGCUAUUUUUUUAUAAAAAAAACAGACUCAGCAACGCUUCAUGUGACUGAUUGGUUGGCUGCGCCGGCUCUCUAGCACCGAGUUCAGGGAGCACCGACUUGUUCGUUCGUCUUGAGGCUCUGGAGCUCUGUCACGUUGUGGUAGUUGAGAGGGAUCUGUCCAAUUUGCAUAGCUGCGAAGGAAGAUUCCUGAGAUGUCUAAUCUCUCACACACCUCAAAGGAAGAUACUUCACCUGAGGGUUCAGGUACUACCGAGAGAACUGGAGCCUGGAGUAACAUGUUGAACACUCUUAUGCAGCAAGCCUCAAUCUAUGGUGUGGCUGCUGGGUAUUGUUUAUCAGCGUCGCUGCUCUCGAUCAUCAACAAAUGGGCAAUCAUGAAAUUUCCAUAUCCUGGAGCCCUGACAGCUCUGCAGUAUUUCACUAGUGUUGCUGGAGUUCUCCUAUGCGGACAGCUCAAGCUCAUUGAGCAUGACGGCCUUAAUUUGAGGACAAUGUGGAAGUUCUUACCUGCUGCUGUGAUGUUCUAUAUCUCCAUCUUCACAAACAGUGAACUCCUGCUUCACGCCAACGUGGAUACUUUCAUUGUGUUCCGCUCUGCUGUGCCUAUAUUUGUCGCGAUAGGAGAGACGUUGUAUCUCCAUCAGCCAUGGCCAUCACUCAAGACAUGGCUUUCACUCUCCACAAUACUUGGUGGAAGUGUGAUCUAUGUUUUCACAGACAACCAAUUCACUGUGACUGCUUACACCUGGGCAGUGGCCUACCUAGCAAGCAUGUCCAUUGAUUUCGUGUACAUCAAGCAUGUUGUAAUGACCAUUGGGCUGAACACAUGGGGCCUUGUGCUAUACAACAACCUUGAGGCUUUGAUGCUAUUCCCACUCGAGCUUCUAGUAAUGGGAGAAUUUGAUCAGAUGAAGGUCGACAGCUCCAAAGUGUCAAACUGGCUUUCAUUUGAUGUGGUCCUCCCUGUUGCUCUCUCAUGCCUGUUUGGACUAUCAAUAUCCUUCUUCGGAUUCUCCUGCAGACGAGCUAUUUCUGCUACUGGGUUCACAGUGCUUGGCAUAGUGAACAAGCUCCUAACUGUUGUGAUUAAUUUGCUUAUCUGGGACAAGCAUGCCUCUUUUGUGGGUACCAUUGGGCUCUUGAUAUGCAUGUCAGGUGGUGUGCUCUAUCAGCAAUCCACCACGAAACCGAAGGCACCCAAGGUUGAGCCGAAGGAAGAGAACGACGAGGAGCAGCAGAAAUUGCUGCAGAUGCAGGGAGUUCAAGAGAGUUCAUAAACCUUACAAAGAAAGUACAACUACAAAGAAGCAUAUGGCUAGUACUCGGAAAGAGGACAGCCUCACCUGAGCGUUUUUGUAUUGACUAGUACUUGGGAAGAAGCAUAUGGAUGAAUGUAGUCAUGAACUAGGAGCUACAAAAUCCCAUGUUUUAGAUAUUAGAAGUCAUGGAGGGGACCUAAUUAUCACUGUGCAAUUCUUUAUUACUAUACUACCACUUCCAUUUGUAACGCAAAAUUGUUAUGAUAGGAUGGCAAAUAUACCUGCAUUGAAUACUUCCUAUACGAAAGCAUCUAUCUCAUACAGUUCGGUGACGGUGAUACUA